AUGGGAAUGAUUUUUGCUAAGCUAAUGACGGUGUUCGGAGACAGAGAGCACAAAGUGAUCAUCGUUGGCUUGGAUAAUGCUGGGAAGACGACUAUCCUUUAUCAGUUCCUGACUAAAGAGGCAGUGCACACCACUCCUACAAUUGGCAGCAACGUGGAGGAAAUUGCUGUGAAGAAAACACGCUUUCUUGUUUGGGACAUUGGUGGUCAGGAGGUGCUCCGGGCCAGCUGGAGUACCUACUACUGCAAUACAGAGAUUGUGAUCCUGGUGGUUGAUAGUACAGAUCGGGAGCGUUUAACACUUACAAAAGAUGAGCUUCAUCGAAUGCUUGCACAUGAGGAUCUGCAGAACGCGUCAGUCCUGGUGUUAGCUAAUAAGCAGGACAUGAAGAACAGCAUGUCACCAGCGGAGAUUUCCCACAGUCUUACUCUUGGUUCUCUCACAGCACAUUCCUGGCAUGUCCAAGCCUGCUGUGCGCUUACUGGCGAGGGUUUACUGGCGAGCCUGGACUGGAUGCGAUCUCGGGUUUUAGCAAACUAAUUAUGCAGUGGUUCACGGUAACUCUUCAGAGCCGGUCCGUGUGCCAGAUGUGCCUUCAUCCUAACUCAUCACUCAAGGCCAGAGAUGGAGUUGGCGCCAAUUCCAAAUCCAGUUCACUUGAACACAACACACCGAACGC